AACUUCUUCCCGAGUUCUUCAACCAUGGAAGCCUCAAAAGUAAACUUGGGUCGCGCUAAAGUUCGCAGCUCCUAAAAGCAGAGAGAUUUCGCUCUCCAGGUCAUGCCAUCGAUGGCACUGGACUUUCUCCUUUUCGAUCCACGACUUUUGCCAGCGACCGACAUCCUCUCGCAGUACAAGAAACCCCACUUUGCUUCUCGCUUUAAACAAACACUGUCUGUUAGUUUAUAUUGUCCAUUUGGCAAAUUCAUAUCGACUGUGUGGCAAGAAGAGAAGAUGGAGAGAAUUUUUUACAUCUUCUUCGAGGAAUUGUGUCUUCAACUGAACAGAGAUGGUUUGCAGACACGACACAGCAGAAAGAAUGCUCGAGAUCAUCUCAAUUCAAUAAUCUCGGGCAUUUGCGAUGGACAAAACUUGGCACCCGAAGAAUCUGCUCGUUUGGCAGUGGAAACUGCCAUACAUUUUCACAGGGACGAGAAGGCAAAAAAUUCACAAAUUUGCCUGAUGGGAACAUUUCACAACAUCCUCUACAUCGCUCUGAAGGCAUCGUGGGAUUGGAGUGUUACCGACAGUUCUGUCGUCUGUUCACUUCUUGGAGAAAUCUACUCAUGUGAGAGAACCUUUGAACGAUUAUUUUUGGGAGCUAUCUUCGGAACCAGUGCGCCCUACUUUAUUGCAGGCUGGAAAUCGGAUUUUAGAGAUCAGGAUGAAAAUAGUCGAGCCAUGGUCUACUUCUUGGAGCAUGCAUCGAGACGGAGAAUUGAAUUUCCCGUCCACGCCGGAGAGCAAAAUAAUCCACGAAUGACACGGUUCAUCGAUGUGCCAAUCGAGUCGUGUGGCAUGGCUUCACCUCUACGUGUCACUCUGCAGGCCGGAGCUCCGGAUAUUUUGCUCAUUUUACUGAGAUAUGGCGCCAAUCCAAAUCCCACGGACGGAGGGUCCAGUGCCAUAAUCGCAUUACUAGAUAAAUUACUUGAGUCGAAGGAUAGACGAUAUCCAUACCAAUUAGAAGCGUGCUUGAAAAUACUGAUGAGGGCUGUACCAUUUAUUGAUCUACCAUUUAAGCCCUACACUUUUGAUGUGCGGAAGGAAGUGUUUAUGACGAAGUAUUGGACGCUCAUCAAGGACGGCCUGCUGACGGACGACCAAAUUGGCGGAGUGUCACUGCUCAAGCACUUAGCGAGGUGUGCAAUUCGCCAGCGCCUGAGGGAAACGGGCAAAUUGCCUUCGGGCAUAAAAACUUUUGGGCUGCCACGUCACCUGAGGCGCUACAUUGACCUAAUGGAGGACUAAUUCGAUGCACUGUGCGGCCAGAUUUGCGGCUCUCCGCGGACUUGAGCUCGCUCUCUCUGCGGCGCUGAAGAGUGCCUUUUACUGGCAUCCCCCAUUUGGCAAUAUCCCAUAAAAAUAAUUGAAUAAUUUAUUGCAGUGUACCCAGUGGGUUCCUGUACUUAAAAUGUUAUUAUGCCAUAUCCCACCCGAAAAAAUAUACAUAUUCAUUAUAUAUAAUCACAUAAAAACUGUACCACAAUA